AUGAAAGAUACAAGUACGCGAAUAUUGGACCAUAUAGUCCAUUUGACGCCUCCAGGAACUGUUCAGCAGGCUUCGGAUUCGUUCAAGUCCCUAGGAUUCAAAGUUCUUGAAGGAGGAACUCAUGCUGAUGGUCUCACCUCCAAUGCUUUGGUUGUACUGGCCGACGGUGUAUAUCUAGAGCUAAUCGCCUUCACUCAUGCGGCAUCAUGGUAUCCCCUAGGCUCUGACGAACGUCACCGACGCGAAUCGCAUCGCUGGGCAAUGAAACAGCCUGGAUGGAUCGAUUUCGCCUUUCUCGGGAAUGGAUCCAAGACGACUCGAAUGUCAGAUAUUAUCAACGCGCGUGGAAAACUAGAGGGCAGCGGAACCGUAUACCAAUCUGAAGUCGAGGGCGGUCGUAUACGCCCCGAUGGCGUAGAAUUGAAAUGGCUUAUCACAUCGCCUGCCGAAGAGGGUGUACUUCCGUUCUUUUGUGGGGACUUGACGCCGCGAGAAUUACGGGUCCCGUUACAGCCUCCCUCCAACACGGUACACCUGUGUACGGCUUCGGGGAUUGCGCACGUUCGAGUCCUUGCAGAAAAUCGAUCAAUACAACAUCUGUCUCAGCAGUUUACAAGUGUCAUUGGCGAACGGCCUGUUCAAUCUUCAUCGCAAUCGUUCAAAUGGAGCCUUCAGACAUCGGCAACAGCAUCGUCGAAGCGAGCAUGUGAGCUGAUUCUGAGCGUACCCGUCAGCGAGGGGGAACACGCAUUUAUCGGCGAUAAAGAACACGGCAUAUAUGAAAUCGGUUUCUGGGUGAAAGAAAAACAGCAACCCGGAAGUGUCGUAACACCUUACGGUAGAAUUACCUGGGUUAAUGCUGAUUGA